UGACUUCCCAGUUGCUUCGUCGACCUCGCUCUGGCCUCAUGAUAUGACCUGGCGAAAGCUUGCUGCAGGCGCGUUUGUUGCUGGCAUAACCUCCGUCCUUGUGCUGCUCCGGAGGCGCAGCGAGGACGACGGCUUCCUUGGGCUCGACUGGCUUCCUGUGGAGCUGACGAAAAGCUACUGGACGCCAGUCCCUCAGCUAAUAUGGUCGUCGGCUCACGAGGGAUGGUGCGGUCGAGCGACGCUUGUAAAACCCCUCUCCGAUCCAGAGAGACAUCUCUUCACGUCAAACCUGUUGUUCAUGGUCACCAGACUUGACACUGAUGGGGAGCGAGUGUUGUUGGCGGUCUUCACAACUCCGGAGCUCAGGGAGGAGUCGCCGUCGCACGACAAGGCUGAUUGCCCGGUGAGGACCUCACUGGAGGGUGGUACCUCUACCUGCCAGUCUGUACUCCAGGAUUUUGGCGACGGAGAGGUGGAGAGUCAUGUCGCUGUCGAUGGCAAGGGCCGCAUAUGGCGCCUGGCACCCCAGGAUUUCACUGCCUUCCGCAACCUGGCUCGCACCGCGAAAGCGGAGAUCGGGGAUAUUACUUCCUAUACAGUCGCUUCCGGAGAGGACUGCACGCCCGUUUUCUUCUUCAUCUAUCCCGUCCCACCUUCCUUCGGAGCCCUUUCGGACAACGCAGUCAACCGGGCCGGGGCCGCUAUGGUCAACCCCGUAUAUCGUGAUAUACAUGGCGGCACUACCGGUGACGCUGGAGGGGGAUAUAACCUUCUCCACGACGUUGAUAUCAACGCCUACACCAUAUCCUGCCGCAAGCUCGCCCGCGCACAGUCAUCGAGCGCGGGCAGCGGAGAAGCGCGGGAUGCUAUGCCAGGCGAGCUCCCCGAGGCCUUACACGAGCUGCUGGGCCUUGCUCAGAAGUGGCCGGAGGACCGCGAAGCCGACGAUGAGACCGGGGACGGGACGGAUUCAGAGUCGCUUCGUGCGACCGUGGCCUGUGUCGAACGCAUACGCAGUUGGGCAUUAAAAUUCCGGUUUCCUGAUUAAAGCGCUCUUGUAAUCAUACUCGGCAUACAAUUGUACGUAUGGCAUAGGGAGGAUCUUGUAAAUUGAUCCAUGCUGGUGUACUAUUGAGCUCUAUACGUCGAAAUACCGAGGGAGA